AUGGAGACCUUCUUUAGGAGACGCUUCCAGCGGAAGGCGCCGGGCCCCGGGGAGGGGCAGCGGCGGCCCAGCAGCGUGGGGCUGCCCACAGGCAAGGCCCGACGCCGCUCCCCUGCCGGGCAGGCCUCCUCCUUGCUGGUCCAGCGGCGCCGCUCCAGCGCACAGCUCCAGGGCUGCCUCCUGAGCUGCGGGGUGGGGGCCCGGGGCACCAGCCGCCAGCGCUCCAGCACCGUGCCCCCUGCCUGCAACCCCCGCUUCGUCGUGGAUGAGGUGCCCGCCCCCCAGCCUGCCACGGUCGGGGCGCAGCCUCUGGGCACACCCCUGCUGUUGGCUGGGCUCAUAGGCAUGCCUGAGGAGGAGGACGUGGCCGUUGCGGCAUUGAGUGCCCCCCAGCCGGGCGCCAAGACACCAGGGCCCUCCUCACACCGGGGCACCCUCGUGCCCAUGCUUCGCUGCCUGCGCCGGCGCCGGGCCUCGGCCCCCCUGGUCCCUGCGGACGUGGUGUAUGACCACGCCCUCUGGGGCCUGCAUGGUUACUAUCGGCGCCUGAGCCAGCAGCGGCCCCCCAGCCAGCACCCUGGCCCUGGGGCCCGAAGAGCCUCAGGCAGCACAGCUGGUGCGCUGAUGCCCGCCCGUGCGCACCCGCUGUCCCGCAGGCGCCAGGUGGCCCUACGGCGCAAGUCGGCAGGACCCCAGACCUGGAGUGCCCUGCUUCCGAAAGCCAUCACCAAGUCGGGCCUCCAGCACCUGGCACCCCCUCCUCCCACUCCCGGGGCCCUGUGCAGCGAGCCAGAGCGGCAGAUCCGGAGCACUGUGGACUGGAGCGAGUCCGCGACGUAUGGGGAACACAUCUGGUUCGAGACCAACGUGUCGGGGGACUUCUGCUAUGUUGGGGAGCAGUACUGUGUAGCUAAGAUGCUGCAGAAAUCAGUGUCCCGGAGAAAGUGUGCAGCCUGCAAGAUCGUGGUGCACACCCCCUGCAUCGAACAACUGGAGAAGAUAAAUUUCCGCUGUAAGCCGUCCUUCCGCGAAUCAGGCUCCAGGAACAUCCGUGAGCCAACCUUUGUGCGGCACCACUGGGUACACCGGCGACGCCAGGAUGGCAAGUGUCGCCACUGUGGGAAGGGCUUCCAGCAGAAGUUCACCUUCCACAGCAAGGAGAUUGUGGCCAUCAGUUGCUCCUGGUGCAAGCAGGCAUACCACAGCAAGGUGUCCUGCUUCAUGCUGCAACAGAUAGAGGAGCCGUGCUCCCUGGGCGUGCACGCUGCUGUGGUCAUCCCACCCACCUGGAUCCUCCGCGCCCGCAGGCCACAGAAUACCCUCAAGGCAAGCAAGAAGAAAAAAAGAGCAUCCUUCAAGAGGAAAUCUAGCAAGAAAGGGCCAGAGGAGGGCCGUUGGAGACCCUUCAUCAUCAGGCCCACCCCAUCGCCCCUCAUGAAGCCCCUGCUGGUGUUUGUGAACCCCAAGAGUGGGGGCAACCAGGGCGCUAAGAUCAUCCAGUCCUUCCUGUGGUAUCUCAACCCCCGACAAGUCUUUGACCUGAGCCAGGGAGGGCCCAAGGAGGCGCUGGAGAUGUACCGCAAAGUGCACAACCUGCGCAUCCUGGCGUGUGGAGGCGACGGCACGGUUGGCUGGAUCCUCUCCACUCUGGACCAGCUGCGCUUAAAGCCACCACCCCCUGUUGCCAUUCUGCCCCUGGGCACUGGCAAUGACUUGGCCCGUACCCUCAACUGGGGUGGGGGCUACACGGAUGAGCCUGUGUCCAAGAUCCUCUCCCACGUGGAGGAGGGGAAUGUGGUGCAGCUAGACCGCUGGGACCUCUGUGCUGAGCCCAACCCCGACGCAGGGCCAGAGGAGCGUGAUGAGGGUGCCACUGACCGGCUGCCCCUGGAUGUCUUCAACAACUACUUCAGCCUGGGCUUUGAUGCCCACGUCACCCUGGAAUUUCAUGAGUCUCGAGAGGCCAACCCAGAGAAGUUCAACAGCCGCUUUCGGAAUAAGAUGUUCUAUGCCGGGACAGCCUUCUCUGACUUCCUGAUGGGUAGCUCUAAGGACUUGGCCAAGCACAUCCGAGUGGUGUGUGACGGAACUGACCUGACCCCCAAGAUUCAGGACCUGAAACCCCAGUGCAUUGUUUUCCUGAAUAUCCCCAGGUACUGUGCAGGCACCAUGCCCUGGGGCCACCCUGGGGAGCACCACGACUUUGAGCCCCAGCGGCACGACGAUGGCUACCUCGAGGUCAUUGGCUUUACCAUGACAUCUCUGGCGGCGCUGCAGGUAGGCGGGCACGGCGAGCGGUUGACACAGUGCCGUGAGGUGGUACUCACCACGUCCAAGGCCAUCCCAGUGCAGGUGGAUGGUGAGCCCUGCAAGCUCGCGGCCUCGCGCAUUCGCAUCGCCCUGCGCAACCAGGCCACUAUGGUGCAGAAGGCCAAGCGGCGGAGCACCGCCCCCCUGCACAGCGACCAGCAGCCCGUGCCUGAGCAGCUGCGGAUCCAGGUGAGCAGGGUCAGCAUGCACGACUACGAGGCCCUGCACUAUGACAAGGAGCAGCUCAAGGAGGCCUCCGUGCCACUGGGCACCGUGGUGGUCCCCGGAGACAGCGACCUGGAGCUCUGCCGCGCCCACAUCGAGAGGCUCCAGCAGGAGCCCGAAGGUGCUGGAGCCAAGUCCCCCACCUCCCAGAAACUGUCCCCUAAGUGGUGCUUCCUAGAUGCCACCACUGCCAGCCGCUUCUACAGGAUCGACCGGGCCCAGGAACACCUCAACUAUGUGACUGAGAUCGCACAGGACGAGAUUUAUAUCUUGGACCCUGAGCUGCUGGGGGCAUCGGCCCGGCCUGACCUCCCAACCCCCACUUCCCCUCUCCCCACCUCCCCCUGCUCACCCACGCUCCGGUCACUACCAGGGGAUGCGGCGCCCCCUAAAGGUGAGGAGCUGAUAGAGGCCGCCAAGAGGAACAACUUCUGUAAGCUCCAGGAGCUGCACCGAGCUGGGGGCGACCUCAUGCACCGGGACGAGCAGAGCCGCACGCUCCUGCACCAUGCCGUCAGCACGGGCAGCAAGGACGUGGUCCGCUACCUGCUGGACCACGCCCCCCCAGAGAUCCUUGACGCUGUGGAGGAGAACGGGGAGACUUGUCUGCACCAGGCGGCAGCCCUGGGCCAGCGUACCAUCUGCCACUACAUCGUGGAGGCGGGGGCCUCUCUCAUGAAGACAGACCAGCAGGGCGACACUCCCCGGCAGCGGGCCGAGAAGGCUCAGGACACGGAGCUCGCCGCCUACCUGGAGAACCGGCAGCACUACCAGAUGAUCCAGCGGGAGGACCAAGAGACGGCCGUGUAGCAGGAGGGACAGGGCCAGCCAGGGGAGGAGCCCCCUCAUCGCCCACCUCGCUGCCACAUUCCAGUCGGACGACCACGGGGGGACCCGUGCCCCAGGGAAGGAGCCCCGUGCUGCCCCCUGAGGAGCCGCCCAGGCCUGGGGCUGGACUCUGAGGAGCUGGGGGAUCCCACCUGUCCCCCUGAGGCUGCAGCCUGACCCGGGCCUGACAGGGGAACAAGAAACUGGACUGGGCCGGGCAGGCCUUUGGGGGACUGGGGCGGGACCACCUCAGGGCCACCGUCACCGUCCCUGCGGCGGGUGCCCUCCCUAGGAGUUAGGGGUAGCGGGGGAGGGCAGCGGGGCUUGGGGCCCUUAUCAGGGAGCCUUCGGGAAGAGGCUUCCUAAGCCUCCUGGGCCGCGAGGGCCCCGACUCUGAGCCUGCGGGCAGCUUGGGCCCUCUCUCCUGCCCCGACCCCACCGUCCCCGGGGCUUCCUCCCGGAAACACGGAGCCUGCUGCGUUUGCCUGCCCGCCGCCCUGCUUGGCUCCUACCCCCCGGACCCUCCCCGUGUACCCAGUCAUUUCACCACCGCCGCCGUGUGGCCUGGGGGUUGGAGUGGGGCUCUCGUGGUGACAUGUUUACAGCUGGGUGUGACUCAGUAAAGUGGACUUUUUUCCUU